GGCAAACAAGCACACUUGCUGUGCUUGUGGACGACGACCCUUCUGCUCAACAACACGUUCGUCAUACUCAUCGUGGUGGCAAAGCGUAGCUAUAAGGGCGCUCGACACACGACCCGACGUGUAAAAUGGGGAAGACACGGUUGGACCGGCUGCUCGUGCUGCUGGACACGGGCAGCACGCGUGCGCAUCGCGAGAUGGCGGCCAAGGAGAUUGGCGCGCUGGUGCGCCUGCACCCGCACGACUUGCAGCAGCUCAUGUGCAGGGUGCACAACUUCCUGCGCUCCAAGUCGUUUGAGACCCGCGUCGCUGCGGGCAUGGCGUUUAGGUCCAUCGCCGACAACGUCAACCAGUGGGAACCAAAGCUGGCGGACAAAGACGAUGCCGGUGCUGAGGAACAGGCACACGUACUGGAAGGCUUUGAGCGCAUGCUGUCGUUUGAGACCUUUGACCUCGAGUUUAUCCUGGAGCACGGCCCCCGGCUGCUUGGCAGCUCGGGUCUGGAGUACCUUGAGGAUGACGAGCUCAAGCACCUCAGCCCGCGCCAGCGACUCAUCCGACAGCGCGAGAACCUGACAAAGCAGCUGCGGCAGUCCAUGGGCGGCAGCGGUGACGACGUCGGCGGCGGUGGUGGCGGCGUUAAGGUCGAGGACCUCGUCAGCGAGGAGGAUCUGAUGGCGCAACCGACGAAGCGGGCAAAGGUGGAGCCAAAGGAUGCGGCGGCGUCACAGCGCGUGGCAGACUCCCUUCGCGGGCUCAGCGCCCGGCAAAUCAACGCCAUGAAGCGGAAGAAGAAGCAGCAGAAGAAGGCGCCCAAGCAAUCGGUGUACACGGGCAGGGACGCGUCAGCAUCAUCGGCUUCGUCCUCGUCCAAGAGCAGCAAGGCCAUGCUCACGGAGCAGGCAGACAAGGACAAGGUGGUCGUUGAGACCAAGAUUGACGCUGACGCUGUGUUUGCAAACGCGGACGAAUGGCCCUUCCAGGCCAGAUGCGAGGAGAUGUGCAACGACCUGUUUGAUCCUGACUGGGGCAUCCGCCACGGCGCCGCUGUUGGCCUGCGCGAGCUCAUCAGCAGACACGGCGCAACCGCCGGCAUCAUCCAGCACUCGGACACUGCGGCGACGCAAUCGCGGCACAAUUCGCGCUGGCUGGAGGACAUGGCCAUCCGCCUCAUCUGCGUCCUCGCUCUCGACAGAUUCGGAGACUUCAGCUCAACACAGGCUGUCGCGCCGGUGCGGGAGAUGGCAGCGCAGGCGCUGGGCGCUGUUGUUAAACACAUGAGCGCGGCCUCUGUGCGGCGUGUGCUGAUGCUGCUGUUGCGGCUGGAGCAGCAGCAUGACUGGGAGGUGCGACACGGCGGCCUCCUGGGCGUAAAGUACUUUGCUGCGGUGCGGGAUGAUCUGGUCGUGUCGCUGCUGCCAGACCUUCUCCCCGUCAUGCUCCAAGGGCUGCAGGAGCGAGAUGUGGACGAUGUCCGCGCAGCCGCCGCCGACACCAUGAUUCCCAUGGCAGACCACGUGGUCGCACAUGCCCCCGACACGAUCAAGACGAUUGUGACGCUGCUGUGGGACGCGCUGCCUGAGCUGGACGAUUUGUCCGCUUCGGCCGGUAGCAUCUUGAAACUCCUCGCCCGCCUCCUCAACCACCUCACAGCGCAGAACCCAGAAUCCAUCUCGCACACGCACACGGGCGGUGUCGCCCUUGAGGACCUCAUGAAUCGCCUGUGGGCGUUUUUCCGCCACCCGCGCACCGCCAUCCGCACCACCGUCCUCCACGCGACGCGUGAGAUUGUUGAAGCGGCGGCGCGGGCGAGUGUGCAGUCGUUUUUUGAGGUUGUUCUUCCACAUGCCCUCGUCCAUACGUUUCAGAAUCUGCUGCUUGAGGAUGACGGUGACGUGCUUGAAGCGUCCAAGGGCGUGUGGAUGGCCUGCCUCACACACGCAACACCAGCGCAGGUGGCAAAGGCGCUGCCCAACACGCAGCUGCUGAACUUCUUCCGCCUGCUCAUGACCGCCCAGAACACCCCCAUCACCAAGGCGUACCUCGUGCGCGCAGGCCAUGGCGGCGGUGGCGGCGGCGGCGGCGUGAUUGUGACGUCUGCGGAUGGAUCGUCGGUUGUGUCGGACGGCGGGCCCGAGAACAUCUACCUCGCAGGCGACCAGCCCUUGUCCCACGACGAGUACGUGUUGAUGCGUGCGCGGUACAGUGCUGCUGCUGCUCUUGGUCAGCUCACAGCCAAGUGGACGUGCACGGGCGAGAUGCCAAAGACCCUCGCAAACCUCACGUUCCAGAUGCUGCAGGCUGAUGCGCGCAAGAAAGGCACUGCGCCAUCCUCUGUUCGCCGCUUACUCGGGGGCGUCAUCGUCACGUCCUGGGCCACGCACGCCCGCACCACAUUUGCCGACUCAGACAAGACGGCCAUCCCAGACGCCAUUCCAGACACCAUGCUCACGGUGUUGAAGGAGGACAGCCUGUACUUAGAAAUGACAAAACUCAUUUCGCGGGUGCAGCGCGCAUGCCUUGAGCUCAUUGACCUCUACUCCAGAUGCGGUGUUCCGUUCGAAGAGGUGUCCAAGAUUGACACGGCGACUGAGUUCAGUUUUGAUCGGGCGAUGGCGUUCCAAGAGCAGACGCUUCCCGUCUGGCGAACACUCCUGCCGACGCCCGAUGCCGGGAUUGACCAGCGGCGUGCGCGAGAGGCGGAGCUGUCGGAGCUCCUCAGCGCCAUCACGGCAGAGUUCACCAUCUCCACUAUGCGGGUGCGGUCGAGUUUGGCGGCGGGCGUGAUAGCGACGGGCCGGCUGCCGGACAAAAUCACCGCUCUAGUCAAGCCGCUCCUUGAAUCGCUCUCAAAGGAGGAGCUGCCGUUUCUGCAGCAGCAGUCUGCAGCGGCACUGGCGCGCCUGAUUCGCCUCUCCAUCCACAACUCCCCGGCCGCGUGCAGCAAAAUCUGUGGCAGAGUCAUCAAAUGGCUGUUCGCAGACAGGACGUACUGUCCAACAGCGGCGCACGACAGCCGCGUUGUUGCUGCAGAGGGCGUGCUCACCCUCAUGCACAUGGAGGACGAGGAGCAAAGGGUGCAGGCUGCGCUCGCCAGGAAGAAGAAAUCACGGCGGGCUGAGGUGGAGGAUGUGGACGAGAUUGCCGCUGCAGCAAUUGGUGCCGACGACGACAGCGAUGACAGCAGCGCACAGGAGCAACAGCGCGCCACCAUCCAGCGCAUGGGCGCUGAGCUUGCUCUGUCUGCGACAAUCUACGCGUUUGGUGCAGACACGCUUGUCCAGCUUCCCUUCUUGCUGGAGUCGCCACGUGCAACACUUGCAUCUGUGCUUGCACCGCGUCGCGCGCCAGAGGGGACGGCGGCGCCGGUGCCGGAGGAUUUGUCCGCGCCUUCAACAGAGGAGGCAACGGCCGUCACAGAGGCGCUCGUCACACUGCAAGCCAUCCUACCCAGACUCCCGGAGACGUUGAAGGAGGAGGUGCUGUCCUUCCUGCCGGACAUUUUAACCGCUACCCGAUACCCGAGCGUUGGUGUCCGCUUUGCUGCCGCACACACGCUUGCGGCCAUGGCUGCUGUGGAGCACCUGCGUGUGCGCGUGCUUGUAGCUGUAAUUGACACGGUGCUGCCGUUCCUCGGCGACACCAAGCACGUUCUUCGCCGCCAGGGCGCUGCGGAGGUCUGCCACGUCCUCACGCACACGCUCGAUCUCGACAUCAUCCCGUUCCUCAUCAUCCUCGUCAUCCCCAUCAUGGGCCGCAUGUCCGAUUUUGACGCGUCUGUCCGCAAACUGGUUGCCAACACGUUUGGGACGCUUGUGCGGCUGAUGCCGCUCGAGUCCGGCCGCCCCGACCCUGCGGACAUGCCCGCGGCGCUGGUGGCGAUGAAGGCGAAGCAGCGGUCGUUCCUGGAACAGCUGAUGGACAUCUCCAAGCUCGAGCGAUACGCGCUGCCCGUCAGGAUCCGCGCCACCCUGCGCAGCUACCAGCAGACGGGUCUCGACUGGAUGAUGUUCCUCAACAAGUACCAGCUGCACGGGAUCCUGUGUGACGACAUGGGCCUGGGCAAGACGCUGCAGUCUAUCUGUGUCAUGGCUGCAGACCACCACGAGCGCGCAGAGAAAUUUGCACAGACAAAGCAGGCGGACUGCCAGCACCUGCCCUCGCUUGUGGUGUGCCCGUCCAUCCUCACCACCCACUGGCGCACGGAGAUCCACAAGUUCUGCGACUCGCUGCGUCCAAUUGUGUACGCGGGGCCGCGGGCAUCACGCACGCGCAUGCGGGACACGCUGGCCGACCAUGACGUCGUCAUCAUGUCGUACGAGAUGUUGCGCAAUGACAUUGAGUUUCUGCAGACGCUGCACGUCAACUACUGCAUCCUGGACGAGGGCCACAUCAUCCGCAACGCCAAGUCGAAGAUUGCGCAGGCGGCCAAGGCGAUUCAGUCCAACCACCGGCUCAUCCUCAGCGGCACGCCCAUCCAGAACAACGCGCUCGAGCUGUGGUCGCUGUUUGACUUUCUCAUGCCCGGGUUCCUGGGCACGGCGCAGCAGUUCAAGGCACAGUACUCCAAGCCCAUCCUGGCUGCCCGCGAUGCCAAGGCUUCCAAGUCUGACCAGGAGCGGGGCGCGCUGGCGCUGGAGGCCCUGCAUCGGCAGGUGCUGCCGUUCUUGCUGCGCCGCGUGAAGGAGGACGUGCUGGACGACCUGCCACCCAAGAUCAUCCAGGACUACCUGUGCGACCUGAGCGGCGUGCAGCGGCGCAUGUACGAGUCGUUUGGGCAGACGUCGCAGGCGCAGGCGGCAAAGGAUGUGGUGCGCGCCGGCCACGACAGCGGCGACCGCAAGGGCGGGAAGCACAUCUUCCAGGCCCUCAACUUCCUCAAGCGCGUGUGCAGCCACCCGCUCAUGGUCAAGGCAGACGACGUGGACGCAAAGGUGCGGGCGCACAUUGCGCAGCACGGCAUCAACCUGCAUGACGUGCACCACGCCACCAAGCUGGCAGCGCUGCACCAGCUGCUGAGCGACUGUUCCAUUGGCGUGAGUGCCGAUGCGACGGCUGCGGCGGCCAGCAGCCACCGCGCGCUCAUCUUUGCCACGCACAAGCAGCUGCUGUCGCUGGUGGCGCGAGACCUGUUUGACCGGCACAUGCCAGCACUGACGUACCGACGGCUGGACGGCGACACGCCCACGCACAUGCGGGCGGAGGUGGUGGCGGAGUUCAACGACGACCCGACGGUGGACGUGCUGCUGCUGACGACCUCGGUGGGCGGGCUGGGCCUCAAUCUCACGGGCGCCGACACGGUGAUCUUCCUGGAGCACGACUGGAACCCAAUGAAGGACCUGCAGGCCAUGGACCGCGCACACCGCAUUGGGCAGGGGCGCACGGUGAACGUGUACCGGCUCAUCACGCGCAACACGCUGGAGGAGAAGAUCAUGAACCUGCAGCGGUUCAAGCUGAACAUGGCCAACACCAUUGUCAGCAAGGACAACAGCUCGCUCGCGUCCAUGGGCACAGACCAGGUGCUGGACCUCUUCACGCUCUCGGAGAAACCGCAGGAGGGCGAGGGCGGCGCGGAAGGCGAGGACGGCACUGCUGCUGCCAGUGGUGGUGGAUCGUCGUCGUCUGGGCUGCGCGCCAUCUUGGAAGAGGCGGAGAAGCUGGACGAGGACGUGGAUUACAGCGACUACAACGUGGACGCAUUUAUGAAGAAGAUGCACUGAUGGUGCGUGUGUGUGUGUGUGUGUGUGUGUUUCGGAGGGGGGGGGGGCUAUGGUACUGGAUGUGGGUUGGCUGAGUGCUCUUGUGUUGGUUGGAUUGGCUGAACGAGUGUUUCCAUUUGUUUGUUGCCCUUGUAGCGAAGCCUCAGAUCACGUACAGAAGUAAAACGUGCAACAGUG